GCUCCUGUUCCAAGUGCCUCAUUAACGGCUGCGGCAGCCCCACCGUCGGUGGGCGGCGCAGCCAAAGACACCGGCUUUAAAACAAACGUGCGGGGGUUAAAGUCAGUCUCCUCCGAGGCUAAGGGCACGAGAGAAACGGCGGGGUCCGCUGGUGUGAUGCCGCAGCUCCUCUGGAGGCGAUGCGGCUGCCGCAGGCACUAAAAGAAGCGACGGAGCCUAUAGGAGCGGAGGAGCACGGAGUGCUACAACACCUCCUGAUGGGGAGCCGCUGAUUGACAGACGCGGAGAGAAAGACUGAGAGAAGGAGGGAGGGAAGAAAGGGCUCGUAAAGAGCAGGAGGAGGAGGGGAGACAGGCGAUAAUCUCUGGGAUUUGGUGAUUGCCGGUUGCAACGACGGAGACCCCAUCUUUUGAGCCGCCGUUUGAGGUUGCAGUGAUGGAUCUCCAUUCAGCUGUCGAAAUCAAGGUGAGCAGAUUUCCAGCCAUGGCAGGACUCGUCCUCUCUCUUCUACUGCUGCACGGAUGCCAAAACAGUCUUGGCCAGACUUCCCCUGAGACUGAGAAGGAGACGGGACCCAACGACAACAGUACGGUCUUCACCCGCAUUCUGGACGGGCUCCUGGACGGAUACGACAACAGGCUCCGGCCGGGGCUCGGAGAAAAUGUCACCGAGAUCAAGACGAACAUUUUUGUCACCAGCUUCGGCCCCGUGUCCGACACCGAGAUGGAAUACACCAUUGAUGUGUUCUUCCGUCAGAGCUGGAAGGACGAGCGUCUUUGCUUCAAAGGGCCAAUGGAGAUGCUGCCAUUGAACAACCUCCUGGCCAGCAACAUUUGGACCCCCGACACCUUCUUCCUCAACGGCAAGAAGUCGAUUGCUCACAAUAUGACCACGCCCAAUAAGCUGCUGAGGCUCAAGGAUGAUGGUACGCUGCUGUACACCAUGAGAUUGACCAUCUCAGCCGAGUGCCCCAUGCAGCUGGAGGACUUUCCCAUGGACGCUCACGCCUGUCCGCUCAAGUUUGGCAGCUAUGCCUAUCCAGUCGAGGAGGUGGUCUACACUUGGACUCAAGAUGCUGCCAAGUCGGUAGUGGUGGCUGAAGAUGGCUCCAGGCUCAACCAGUACCACCUGAUCGGGCAAACCGCCGGCACAGAGGACAUACACACAAGCAGAGGACAGUACACAGUGAUGAUGGCCCACUUCUACUUGAAAAGGAAGAUUGGAUAUUUUGUCAUCCAGACGUACAUGCCAUGCUUCAUGACGGUUAUCCUGUCCCAGGUGUCAUUUUGGCUUAACAGGGAAUCGGUUCCUGCUCGGACCGUCUUUGGAGUGACCACAGUGUUGACCAUGACCACCCUCAGCAUCAGUGCCAGGAACUCUCUCCCCAAAGUGGCCUACGCCACCGCCAUGGACUGGUUCAUUGCUGUGUGCUACGCUUUUGUCUUUUCUGCUCUCAUUGAGUUUGCCACAGUGAACUACUUCACUAAGAGGAGCUGGGCCUGGGAUGGCAAGAAAGCAAUGGAGGCACAGCACCCUAAGAAACGAGACCCCAUGGUGCUGUCAAAGAAACCCAACAACGUUUGCUCGGCAGGGGUCAACUACACCCCCAAUCUCACCAAGGACGUGGCCAUCUCCACCAUCUCCAACACCACGUCGGUGCAGCUGCGCGGCACUGAGAGCAAAGCGGCGGACCCCAAGAAGACCUACAACAGCGUCAGCAAGAUCGACAAGAUGUCACGGAUAGUGUUCCCCGUCCUCUUCGGUACCUUCAACCUCGUCUACUGGGCCACGUACCUGAACAGAGAACCGGUGGUGAAGGGAGUUGUCACUUCAACAUAAUCACUUCUUUAUUUUUUUCUGAAACAGUUUGUACGAGGGUGAUUAUUAACGAAUGGCGUUAAAAGGUCUCUGGCUCAGAAAACAAACAAACAAACAAACAAAAAAGAAGAAUAUCUGCGCUUGAAGAACAAAAACUGCACCCUGCUAUUUAAUUCCAGCACUUUGAAUGGAUGCAAGGCUGCAACUGAAUCCGUUUCCUACUUUACAUGGCCUAGAAAAAAACUGCUUCAAAGACUUCUUUAAACGAAGAGUUGGCGCUUUGCUUCUUUCUCAUCUUUCUUGCUGCAGUUUGCAUGACGUUCUCCUUUACAGGAAACCAUGGACUCCUCUUUGUCUUGAAUGCGGACCGUAAUUGAUCAGUCUUUGCUUAAAGAAGUACAGAGGCGCUUCAUUUGCAUUGAAAAGUGGAUUCAAAAAAGCACUCUCUGUGGAGGUAAAUGCUGCAAACGGACUGAUUCUUCACUUUUGUGUUAUUUUAGAAGAGAGAAAAAAAGCCAGUUUUUCCCGCAUACUGGUUGGUUCUUGUACAGCUUUACCUAAUGCUUCACUAUCUUCUGCUGCAGGGCUGGCUUCUCCAGUGGAAGAUUUUCAAAGAAACUUAUCGAACAAAAAAGUUCACUGAACAUGAAUGAGCAAAAAAAAGAAGUAAAAGAGGGGAUUGGAGUUGAUACAGUAAAAAGAAUCAUGUUAAU